AUAAAACCAACGAAGAAGAAUCUUGUUGGACUGUCUAGAUUAGCUUUGCUUUUCUCUUGAGCUGCUGACAGCAUCAUUUUUAGUUUAAUAGCUUAAAAAACUGCCAUCUGAUUAAAACUGUGGCACAGAAAGGACGUUUUGUUUCAGUUGCUGGAUUGGAAUCACCAAAUAAAACACAAAAUAAUCAAAAGCGAGGGAGAAGACUGCGUUACCUUUCUGUAACGGUAACGCAGAUUAAGCUAAUCAGCUAGCAACAGUUUGCUCUAUUCUCUCAGGAUGUUUUACAGGAAGACUUUAAAACUUGUGUGCGGGCUGGCUGGAGGAUCUGUCGUGUUGGUGUUCGCUGCAGCCGCCGCAGACUCCCGGGGAUUGUUCGGUGAUCUCCGGGGAGGAGAGGCGGGUCGCUGGUCCAGACUGUCCGUCCUGAGAGCUGCGCAGCCGGCGUGGACUCCUGCCAUCCACACGCCGAGCCCCACCGGACACUCCUGGGACUUUAACUGGGAUAAGAGAGACCCGUCUUCACUGACCAAUGGGAAGAAGAAGGAGAGCUCCACUGAAGACCCCAGCUCCGAGCAGGACAACGGGAAACCCAAAGCCACGAGGAACAUCCUCCUCAUCCGACACUCGCAGUACAACCUGAGCGGCCUCAGCGACAAGGAGAGGAUCCUCACUCCUUUAGGUCGUGAGCAGGCGGAGCUGACGGGCUCCAGGUUGGCGGCGUUGGGAAUCAAGUAUGACGUUCUGAUCCACUCCAGCAUGUCCAGAGCCACGGAGACGGCCAAUAUUAUCAGCAAACACCUUGAAGGUGUAGGAGUGGACCUGGUGAGCUGUGAUCUGCUGCGAGAGGGAGCUCCUAUCGAGCCGGUUCCACCCGUCACUCACUGGAAGCCUGACGCUGUGCAGUACCACGAAGAUGGAGCUCGUAUCGAGGCAGCCUUCCGGCGCUACAUCCAUCGCGCCGACACCAAGCAGAAGGAGGACAGCUACGAGAUCAUCGUGUGCCACGCCAACGUCAUCCGAUACUUCGUCUGCAGGGCUCUGCAGUUUCCCCCUGAAGGCUGGUUGCGGAUGGGCUUGAACAACGGCAGCAUCACGUGGCUCACCAUCCGGCCCAGCGGCAGGGUGGCCCUCAGGACUCUGGGGGACUCGGGAUUCAUGCCCCCCGACAAACUGACUCGCACCUGACGGCCUCACGCAAGUCUCUGGGACUCUGAUUUCAGUCGGUUGGUUGCAGGGUCAAAGCUCAGUUCUCUCCUUAAGUGUCUUGAAAAUUACUUUUGAUGUUAUUGUUUUGUAAGUGAACUACCAUCAUGUAAUGACACUCUGUGGUCGUGAUUACUCCGUGCCAUAGAACGCCAGCAGAAGCGAUCAAACGGCUGCGCCUGAAUGUAACUGAGGAUUUUUACACAAGUGACUGAUUUUUAAACCAAAAAAAAAGUUGUAUUUGUAUAGCUGUUGUAAAUGCAAACCCUGCUCUUAGCUUUACAGCUGUCACUGUAUGCUGGAGUGUGGAUUCAUGUGUUGUAUGGUGCAGCUGUAGUAAAUAAAGUUAAAUGAUGAAUAC